CACUGCCUCCACUUUGCGCGGGAAUUUUGGAGCCGGCGGUGGCCCUGAGAUGGCACAGAAUGCGGACCCUGAGCUCGUGGACAGCAGGAGCGGAAGCCCUAGCCUGGACCGAGGCAUUCCCGAAGGUUCUCCACCAAAGUUGGCUUCCUUGAAUGAUGCUAAGACAGCAAGAGAGCCUAAACAGGAAGUAGUCAUGCCCAAGAUUCAAGAUCAUCAAAUGACAUCAAACCCUACUCCUCUGAAAAUCUGUACUGCAUCUUCUGCCAUCCUGGAAACUGCCCAAGAUGUCUCAAGAAAAAGAAAAAAUUCUGAGAAUAGCCCUAAAACAGGAAAAAGUGAAGAUCUCAACCCCACUUACAUGGACCCACAAGAGCAUAACAACAAUCAAAAAACCAAGCGGCAGUCCUGGCGUAGGGCUAGUAUGAAAGAAACAAAUCGUCGGAAGUCACUGCCUCCCUUUCACCAGGGUAUCACAGAGCUCAGCAGAUCUAUAAGCAUAGACUUGGCAGAAAGCAAACGCCUUGGCUGUCUUCUACUCUCCAGUUUUCAGUUUUCUGCAAAGAAACUUGAACUUUUUCUGAAAGACGUUGAUGGCAUCAGUCUUGAUACUUUUAGAGAGAGAGUGUCUUCAAUUUCUGAAGAAUUUAAGCAUUUUACAAAGAGACUAGAAGAUGAUGGGACCUUACAAAAAUGCUCUGAAGAAUCAAAAGGGCAGUCAACAGACAUUGCCUUGGAAGCAUCAAUGACAGAGAUAAAAGAAUAUAUAGCCAGGCUUUCUUUGGAGUGUAUGAAUUGGGAUCAACUACUGCUACAUCAUCAGAAAAUAGCUGAAGAAAUAUCCAGGCUCCUAUCAUUUCAGUGGCUUCUCUUGCAUAGUCGCUGGACACUAGAGGAAGCCAAAAUAACUGAUGUACAAAUAGACCCUGCUCUGUAUCUUCAGUCUUCACAAAGUGAAGUUCUUAGCACAAAACCUGAUUACCAGAAAAUACUAGACAGCCAGAAUGAGGUUUUCAACUGCAUGGAGAUGGUGAUGGAUGAACUACAAGGAUCAAUAAGACUAUUGUAUUCUUUUAUGGAAACUACUACCCAGUUCUUCAAGAAGGUGUCAAUGCAGCUUGGAAAAAGGACUGCCCAGCAGUUGGAAACCUCACCAAUUCGAAAACUGCUCAAUCCUCAGCUACAAAAACCAUCUCUCACACACUAAGGUUCUGCUAAUGAUCACAGUCUUCAUAUAUUUCCUCCAAAUUGUCAUUCAGAUGGUUGCAGAUAAGAAGAUGCUGCCUUUUAUGGAAUGACUAUAAAUUAAUGGGACACUUUUUCAAACAGGCACCAGCACUUAACUACUAUUGAGUGUUCAUUUAUAACUUCCUUUCCAGAGUCCACUGAUAAAUGCCUUUACUCAAGAUAUUUUUGGAAUUUGGAUUUAUUUUUAUUUGGAUAUUAUUUGGAUAAUGACACAUCUUUUUUUUUUUUCUUAUGUGACUCUAUAGGGAAUUCUUAAAAUGUUUGGAUUAAUAACAUCACUAAAGUAGAUCAGUGGCCCCCAAAGGAACUGACUUUGAAGGAUAAAUAUAAUUUGCUUUAAUAUUGUGUCUCAUUACAUUAGUCAUCAUGUACAUAUCUCUCCUUCCCAUGUUUGUCUUAAUAUUUAUGUUGACUAUCCAAGUCCCUCCCAAAUGUGCACAAAUACUUGGUUUUAUUUUCUAAAAUAAUGUACAAUAAAGAUCUGCCUAUGAUGUAA